CAUCUGAUAAGAAAAUCGCUCAAGAUUUGCGGGUGGAAGCGCGCAAGCGAGCGUAGGGAGGCCAUCUCUGGGAUAUAUGGUCCUCCUCCCUCCUUCGCCCGCAGAUACUAUAAUACUGAAGGUGUGCAAAAGUCACAUCGCACAGUCAGGAUGAAGGCCUCACAAUGCCUUUCCGGAAGAUUGUGGACAUUGAAGGUGUUGUGCGUGUUCUACUCGACCACGUGUCUGCUCAACUGGCCUCUCCACUCGGAAGCAGCCAAGCUCCGCUGCGGCACGGACCUCCUCAAUGACCUCCUGUUCGUGUGUGGCGAUCGCGGGAUCUACUUCGGUAAAGGUACACGGUCUGGUUAUGCUUCUCGGCCCAGAGGGAAGGGGAUCGUGGACAAAUGUUGCAGGUCAAAUGGCUGCGAUCUGCAUCAUCUGGAGGUAUACUGUGCUAAGCCGAAGAAGCAGCAGCAGACUACAGCAUGGCCAAGCACAAGCACAGGACCCUACACCACGAAACAAACAGACGUGGCCAAUCAGUUCCGGGCGGUAUUUCACAAAAGAGUCUUAGAGCACCUGGGGCCACCCAACAGUCCAAAGAGGGAGGCUUAUAGGAAAAAAACGAAGCCUUCAUUCCCAAAGAAAACCAAAGUUUCGUCCACACGCAGGAAGAUGAAGCUACAGCACACGACAAGUGGACCUCCCUCAAGAACCACAGCGAGGACAUUAUCCUUUUAAUCAUUUGACUCCUUCAGAUGUUCUUUUCGACGAGUGUGUUUCAUAAGCUGUGAGCUGUCGCUACAGCCGUGCCUGGACAAGGGAGGGCGAUGACACCAUACUUCUCAAAAAUGCUGCUCUUUGUUUCAUGUUCUGCAUCCUUAAGUUCAUUUUAAGCACAUUCCUUUGUGAGUGAAUUGCAGCAAACAUGGCCCACUGGUGUUGCACAGGUUGCAGAAUAACGCUUUUGUGUACGGGCAAAGAUAUUUAUUCUUCUCACAGCUGUUUAGCUGCGGUGUUUUAUUUAUUCUGUUUCAGCAGCACGUGCCACCUUCUGUAUUAUAUAUAUUUUUUCUGUGAAUACUUUUGUAGGUGCUGGAUUAUUCGGAUUAUUCAUAUUCAACCCUUUUGCUGUGUAUUUAAAGCUCAUUUCUAACUGCCUUCCAAGUGUUUUUAGACAAGAAUAUUCCAUGCACUUUCAUAACUUUGCAUUAAUAAGCAAAACCUCGGUAGUAUUUUCUGUUGUUUGUAAAUUAUUUGUAAAUUAAUUG